GUGACCGACCGGAAAUCGGAACAUAACCUUUUUCAUAUUUUACUCAAACGUAUACAUACAACGCACGUGUGAAAAAUGGCUAAGUCGUUGCGUAGUAAAUGGAGAAGAAAAUGCAGGGCAGUAAAGAGAGAACGUUAUGCGGCAAAGGAAUUAGAUAGAUUGAAGAAAACUCUUGGUAUUGAUGAAAAUGCAUCUAAAGAUAUUGAAAUGACAGAUAUUCAAGAAAUCGCUACAGUUGUUGACGCAAAAAAAAUCAAAGAAGACAAGGCUAAAGCUAAAGCUAAUGAUAUAAAAAGCGAUGUAACCACAGAUCAAGAACAGAUGGAAGUAGAAGGUGCUAGAGUAUAUAAUAAGAAAACAUUGCGUGAUCAAUACGGUAAUUAUCCUGUAUGGAUGAAUAAACGAAAGAUACUCAAACAUAAAAAAGGUAGAGCAAAAAUGCAGAAAGCCAGCAAAAUAUCAAGCAAAAGACUCACCAGACGACAGAAGAAGGCAAUUGAACAAAAGAAAGAUUAAAUCUUUCUCCAUAAAUUGUAAAGUUAAUUUUUUCAUGGUGUUUAUAAACUUUUAAAUAUUAUAAAAUUUGUUUUUUUUUAUUUUCUAUAAAUACUUAAUUAACUAAGUAUUAUACCCUAUCAUGUUUGUUGAAUCUAAAAGAGCGGAUGUUACAAAAUCAUGAUAAAACUACCUUUUUUAUUUUUAUGUUCCUUUUUUUCAACUGGUUUGUCAUAGAUUAACAUAUCUGAGUAACUUUUUAUUACAUAUUCUUUCACAUAUAUUUAACUAUAUUUUGAUUAUGAUGCUUUUUAUGCUGAGUAAAAUUUUUCUGAAUUUUGAUUACGGGUUAUAUAAAAUCAUUCUUUUUUUGGCAAUUUUAAUUGUUUAUAUAACUUUGAAUUAAAAAUGCACUUGUUCUUUUAAUGUCAUAUGAUACACCAUUUCCAUCUUUUUCAAAAUUUAAAUUAAAAGAUUUCAAAUACAAAUCCACAUUGUUUUAUUAUACAUAUAUAAAAGUUGAGUACAAAUAAACAUAUUUAAAUUAUACACUACUAUUGUUACUAGUCUGCAAGAUGUAACAAAUAUUAAAUUAUGGCAGUGGUAUUAUUUCACGGUAGGAAAAUUCCGUGUAAAAUGUAUGACUAAAAUUAUGUCAACAUUUUGAGAUAAAAGCGACCAAUGUCAUUCUAUGGCUUGAGAAUAAAUAAAUGUUCUGUUCU